CUAACUGCUACAAGUUGAGCGACCAAAACAAACGAUGACGGCUGAGCAGGGGAGCCGAAGAAACCAAGGAUUAACUAUGGGAAUACACUUUGUUUGAUAGGCUGGAUACGGUUACCCUUAACCCAUAUCUCUACAUGAUUGACUUCUACAACUGUUGGGAUUUUGAGUGCCAACUGACCCGUUUGUCGAGCUGGAACUGUCUGGGAAUGAUAUCCCUGUACACUAACGUUAUGCGUUGGCUAACUUACAGCUUGACGAGGCUGUAGCUCGCUGUCAAAGAAGCUUUUUUCGACUAAAUAUACAUUUGAAUUUACGAAAUACAAAUCGCACUGGGUUAGCUUGACGGCAGAGAAUGCAGUGACAGUUAAUGUAGCUGUUUAGGGUGGUUACACUUAGUUCCCUUAAGGGUCCGUGAAACAUUUUCUGAACUUGGUGAUAGCUAGCUAGCUAAAAAGGCGAAAUGAGUUGGUUCAAUGCAUCUCACCUGUCUAGCUUCGCUAAGCAAGCUUUGACAACAGCUCAGAAGUCAAUCGACCGGGUUCUGGACAUCAAAGAAGAGGACCAAUGGGCUGACACGGUUGUAAUGCCUUAUGACGAUGUUACAUUACCUGAGAAGCUGUCAUUAAGUGGAGGAUGGGGGAUAACUCAAUGGGAAGCACCACCUGAAGAAAAGACCACGACUCCUCCUCCCUCUUCUGAGGCCAUCACUACUCCUGUCACCCGCACAGUUGUGGAUGAAUCGGAGAACUUUUUCAGUGCCUUUCUGUCACCAGGAGAUGUUCAAGGUGUCACCAUAUCCCAGGUAGUGUCUGUGCCCCCGGCCAAGUCCCAAAGGCGGCCUCAGGAGAAGGACAAGAAAAACAAUAAGGCUGUGGUCCAAAAAGAAGUGGAGACUGAAAAGUCCCUGUCUGCUGAUGAGAGUAAUGGGAAUCAGACAGCUGCUGAGACUCAGCCAGCUGAGCCUGAGCCCUCACCAACAACACCUUAUGAAGACGCUAUCCUCUUGGUGCCUGUUUCACCUGCUUUCUCUUCCAGUGAUCCUGCUAACACUGACAUCAAAGCAAAUGAUGCAGAAACAGAUGUUGGCACAGCAGUUUCUGAAGACUCAAAAACAGAACCACCACAGAGUCCAUCAGAUCCUAAGACUGAGCAGGAUACUACAGAUUCCUCUGAACCUUCUGCUGUCUCUUCAGUACCUAAAAGCUCAACUCCUUCUGAACAAUCACCCUCCCCUUCUUCUAAAGAAGUGCUCAUAGAACAUAAAGACUCAAAGGUGGAGGACCGCCAAAGUGAUACUCCUUCUCCCCCGGUCAGUGCUUUCUCCUCAGGAACCUCUACCACCAGUGACAUUGAAGUGUUAGACCAUGAGUCUGUGUUGAGUGAAAGCUCAGCCAGCUCCAGACAAGAAACAGGUGAGGGCAAGGCUGGCCUUCACUUGAUGCAGGGCUCCUUCCAGCUUCUCACUGCCUCCACCUGUGGAGAUUUCCCCCGUCUGGAAGACUAUUCCAAACUCACAGAGAGCUGCGGCUCCUCUUCGGAUGCAUUUGAGCGCAUAGAUUCAUUCAGUGUGCAGUCAUUAGAUAGCAGGAGUGUCAGUGAGGUUAACUCUGAUGAUGAGAUCCCUGGCAGUAGGACACUAGCGUCUGUCACUUCAGGUCCUGCUCCUUUGACAGUAUCAUCAGCUGUGUGUCAGAAGCAGGAAGAUGGAAUGGUGGAGAAGGAAGGACAGGGGCAAAAUGAGGUGGAAGAGGACUUCACUGAAUCAAUGAGGGAGCAGUCGCUGGAUGAGAUGGAAGAGAGUGGACGAAGUGCAACACCUGUUAAUAGUGAGCAGCCUGAAGAGUUGACAGAACAAGAAUCUGAGGCUAAUGUCACGUUGUCUGAUGCUACUUGCAUGGCUGAAGAUAGGAUCACCCCACCAAUCACAGAAGAGAUGAAAAGCUUCUCAACAGUCCAGAUUUUGGAGCUUCAAAAGGUGAUUGAUGAGCUGUCAGGACGCCUUGAGAAGAGAGAGUCACAGCUGCUAACAGUCAGCAAAGACAAGGCCAGGCUGGAAGAGGAGUGUGACAAUCUCAGAGACGAAGUGGUAACCCUGAAGGAGGAAAGCUCUACAGUUCAGUCCCUCAAAGAUGAGUUCACCCAGCGUAUCGCAGAUGCAGAGAGGAAGGCUCAGCUUGCCUGUAAAGAAAGAGACAUAGCGAAGAAGGAAAUCAAAGGCUUGAGAGAAGAGCUCGCUACAAGAUUACAUACCAAUGAUACAAUGGAGCUCAUCAGAGAAAAAGAAGAGCAGAUUCGAGGCCUGCUUGAAGAAGGUGAAAAGCUGUCCAAGCAGCAGCUUCAGCACAGCAACAUCAUCAAGAAACUGCGUGUGAAGGAGAAGGAGAGUGACACAAAAAUCACCAAGCAACAGAAGAAAAUCAAGGAGCUGGAGGAGGAACUUAAGCAGCUGCAGCAGGUUUUAGAUGGGAAGGAGGACGUUGAGAAGCAGCACAGGGAGAACAUCAAGAAGCUGAAUGCUGUGGUGGAGCGACAGGAGAAGGAGCUGUGCCGGCUGCAGACGGACUCUGAGGAGCUGCAGGAGAAGAACAGAAGCAUCCAGGCCGCCCUAGACAGCUCUUAUAAGGAGCUGGCAGAACUUCACAAGGUGAAUGCCAGCAAAGCCAGUGAGGCAGAGGAAGCAGCUCUUAGCAGGGAAAUACAGGCCAAGGAGCAGCUGAGUCUAGCUCUGGAGAAGGCUCAAGAAGAGGCCAGGAUGCAACAGGAGGCCCUGGCUGAUCAGGUGGCAGACCUGAGAGUGGCUCUGCAGAGGGCUGAGCAACAGCAAGCAAGGAAAGAAGAUUAUUUAAGGGAGGAGAUCAGUGAGCUUCAGCAGAGGUUACAAGAGGCAGAGACCAGGAACCAGGAACUCAGCCAAAGUGUUACCUCUGCAACACGGCCCCUGCUGAGACAAAUCGAGAACCUGCAGGCCUCAUUGGGUGGGCAGACGGCAUCCUGGGAAAAACUGGAGAAGAACAUCUCUGAUAGGCUUGCGGACGCUCAGGCACAGCUGGCUGUUGCUGUGCAGAAGGAGCGAUCAGCAACAGAAGAACUGUUGUCCAUGAAGUCCCAGCUGGCCUCUCUGGAGUCCCAGAAUUCCCUGCUUCGCCAGGAAAAGGCCCGAAUACUGGCACAGCUGGAUGCAGAGAAGAACAAAAGAGAGAAACUGGAGGAUGAGAGCAGCAGGGAGCAUGUUGAGCUGGAAAAUCUGCGAGGAGAACACGUUCGGACGCUUGAGGAAGCCAAAAAAGAAAAGCUGCUGCUGACUAACCAGUUAGAGAUGGAGAAGAUGAAGGUGGAGCAAGAGAAAAAGAAAUGCUAUUUAGCACAAGAGGCACUCAAGGAAAAGGAACGGAAGACCAUGACACACUCUGUGGAGCCUCCAGCCUCUUCCACACCCUCCUUGUCCCGCUCCAGCUCCAUCAGCGGGGCUGAUAAUGCUGGCUUGCACACAUCAGUCCUUUCCCAGGAUGAUGCUUUGGACCAUUCACUGAGUACUAUGACCAUGUCAAUGUCGAUGAGCGGGACCAACCUGUAUGAGGCAGCCCGGCUGUCUGGAGGCUCCAGCAUCAUAGAGAACCUCCAAUCUCAGCUCAAACUCAGAGAAGGAGAGAUAGCACAGCUGCAGCUUGAGAUUUCCAGUCUAGAGAGGAGCCGUUCAGUGAUGGCUGAAGAGCUGGUCCGUCUCACCAAUCAAAACGACGAUAUGGAUGAGAAAGUGAAGGAGAUCCCAAAGCUGAAAAUUCAACUCAAAGAUUUGGAGCAGAGACACAACACAAUCCUUCAGAUGUACGGGGAAAAGGCUGAAGAGGCAGAGGAGCUGAGACUGGACCUUGAAGAUGUGAAGAAUAUGUACAAAACACAGAUUGAUGAACUGCUGAAAAACCAGAAAUAAACACUUUUUACUGUGUCACUUCAAAUAAAAACCAACCAAUCGGCCAUGCUAGGUAGGCACGAAUCAAAAUGAAAAAGGUAGGAAGGAGAGUUCAAGUUUAAUCACUGUGUCAAAUGAAACACAUUUUGUUUGAUCUCUUAUUUUAACUAAUCAUCACAUACCAUAUUUAUGUUGGGCUCUGGGGACAAUUCAGAACAUACAAUGUAUUAUUACACAAUCAGUAUGAAGGAUAGCCACUUUUUCUGAUUCAAGUGUCCAUUUGAAAUAAUUGGGACUUAGUACACACUUGGCUGUAGAGAAAAUUCUAACGAAUGGCCCUUUCAUAUAGUAUCAUAUAGUCAAUUUUUAAAGGUAGGAGAUGGUGAAGGCUUUUUUUGCACUACAAAAGUUCAUCCUUGUUUAUUUCCUCAUGCAUAAUAUGAAUGAUAUAUAAAUUACACAAUAAUUUUAUUGUACAGAAAAAAAAUGUAUGUAUUGUUCUUAACUCCUUACAAAUCACAGAAUAUUGUGUAGACAUGAGAGUAGUAUGUGAUUGAAGUUCUGAAGAAUGGGUCUAAAAGCUUAUAAAUAUGUAAAUGAAUAAACAUUUAUUGGGGUGGUGAAGAAGUGAUUCUUCUUUAUU